AUGUCUAUUCUUGUCACUCUCAUACUCUGGUUACUUUGGUGGGACGACAAUUCGACACAACCUGUAGGAGAUCAGGUGCAGGACACCUUUACUUGUUCUUCGAAUGACGGAAAGAAAUCAGAUAAAGAAACGCAAUCACCAGUACUGAAAAUUUUCAAAGAUAUUAUGCAGAAGGAGAACACGAUUAUUUACGAUUUUUUUAGUGAUCCAGAAAAAGUUACCUUAUUGAAAGACAAGCAAAGAGACAAAAAGAAGAAGACGUACUCUGGAUCCCGUUCUAAAUCUGAUCAAUUGCAGAGAUCUUACGACUCUAGCAGUACUGACAGAUACAAAAGUAGACAAACUAAAAUAACUGUUCAAGACAUUCAAGAGGACAGAGAUGAGGUGUUCAAUGACAGAUCUAGAAGUCAAGGUGAUCCUCAAAAAAAGAAGAACGCCGAAGAUACUCGUUCAUGUGUGUCUUGCGCAUUAAAGAAGAUUAUCAGUUCAGAGUACACUUGUAUCGCGUGUCUCUUUCUGCUCUUCUCGAUAUCGGUUGUUAUUAUUUUCAUUAUGGUAUUCAAGAUGCCGGACACAGGUACCUGUGAUAAUAAAAAAGCUUCAGCGAUAAAAGAAAAGCGACAGCUUACAGAAAGCUACGGAUAUCCCUUUUAUACUGAGAGAAACAAGUGGGAGAAUGAAAUAACAAGCCAUCUAAACUACGCUGGCGACAUGGGGUCGGAAUACGCUAAUGACGGUAGUAAAGGAUCAAACAUUUUAGAUGACCUAGAAAGUGGACUCAGUGGAGAUUUAGCUCAUAUUUUAGAAAAGGAAAAAAAUUCAGAAGGUCAAAACAAUUUUUUUAAAAAGCUCAUUCAAACUGACUCUCAAAUAAGAAAACUAAAACAAGCCAUUAAUUACAAUUAUCCAAACGACAAAACCUUUACAGAGAGAUACAAGCGAGACCUAAAAAAUACAGAAAGAGAAGGCAUUCACACUCCUUCAAAACCACAGAUUAAUAUAGAUGCUAAACAAAAAAGAUCUCCAAAACCUAACAAUAUAACAGGUUUCAUUAUUAGAAAAGAGAAAAUAUUGAUAAAAUAUGAACCAGAUAAGCCGAAUUUUCCAAAAUGGUCACAUAAUCAUGAACUAAAAUCUCACGAAAAGAAAUUGAAACAAUCUUUUCAUAAAAACAAUCAAAUGACCAUUAAACAAAAAUCUGAUAAAAAUGCGUUUAAUAAAGUGCUAAGAGCUGAAGAAAAUAUAGGAAAAGCUAAAAUAAAAGCAAAUGAUGUCAAGAAAGAAUUCACUAUGCUUGAUUAUAAAGUGUACGCUGAUAAUGCUAAUAGCAAGCUAGAAACUAAAUUAGAGACAGCUACAAAUGAUAAUAUUAAUGAAAUGAGAAACUUAGAUUAUGAUAUGAAUCAUUUGCUAUCGACCACUCCAAUGUAUGACGUUACACUAUCUGUGUCGACAUUUAUAAAUCCUUUAAACACGCCUGAGUCUAAACCAAGUAAGCCAGAAUGUCGUCCUGGAUAUCGUCAGCUAAUGCAAAUUGAUGAAGAGAAAGAAGAAAUAAGCUACGAGGAUUUAAAGGAAGUGCUUAAUGAUGAUCAACACGAUCGUGACGAUUCAGAUAGACAAGUGGAACGAAAGAAGCGUGAUAAUGAACAAGGACUGGAUAUCUUAAAAUAUCAAAAUCCGUACAGUACCGGCAAUCCGAGUAAUAAACAUAAUCCUAAUUGGAAAGGACCAAUGCCAUUGUAUCCAGAUGAAUUAAAUGCUAUGAUUAAGCAGGCAGCUUUACAAAACGUAAACAUGCAAGUUCCAGUCAACACAAAAGAUACUAAAGUAGAAAAAGAUAGAGAUGAAAAAGAAAUCAGUGAUACAGAUUAUAUAGAAGAUUAUGUUGAUAAUAAAUAUAAUAAAAUGGUGAAAAUGGCUCAAGCGUAUAGUGAUUAUGGGGUUGUCUAUGGAAAAAAUGAUAAUAAUAAUAACAUAAAAGAUAAAAGUAAUGGACCAGAUCAAAAAUUUAAAUUUUUAUUUGAUAAACAGAAACUUGUUAAUAGGUUUUUUAGAAAACCAGAUAAAGUUACGUUAAAAGACGUUAAUAAAUAUGAAACCGUAUCAGACGAAGCACCUGAAGAGCAACUAUUCAUAAAAGGAUUAGGAAAACAUGUAAAAAUAUUAAGAAAACCAAAUCGAUACCAAAACACGUUGCAUUUUAACAAUCUUGAGAAUAAACAAGUGUAUACUCCUAACCACAUAAGUUUACCUAAGGAUAUCAAUACUCAUACGAUGACUUCAGAUAAGAACGAUGCAAAUGACUACAAUUUAAAAAGAGUUUUAAGAUCUCUCAAAUCAAUAGAAAUAGAUGGAAAAUCUAAUGUUACUCCUAUUAAUAGUAUCGAUAAUAAUUCUAAAUCGAAUCUAACUAGUGGUAUAGUGGAUUUUUUGUCCUUGAUGUCAGAUUGGUUCAGCACUUUGGCUGGUUUGUCGGGAGAAAAAGAAAUAGAUUCUUUAAAAAAUGUUAUUGAAAAUGGAAGUCAUGCAUUAUCGAACGCAACUGGUAUAAUAAGAAACCGCACCUUAAAAGAUAUAGAUUUCUCAUAUCCUUCUUAUGAUUUUGAUAUGGUAAAUAAUAUAAAUCAUAAAUCAAGAGUUUUAAUGUCAGUAAAAGAUAAUAACGAAUUUAAUAAAAAUUCUGUGAAAAACAUUAAUGCUAGUAUUAGUGAUGCAGAAAAAGUAAAUUCGACAGACUUUGAUUACUCAAUGACACUAGCUUUAGUUUUAGCAGAAAAUAUGAGAAAUUUACCUAAAGAAAAUAAGUCUAUAACAGUAAAAAUAGAAAGUGAUGAUGAAAAUAAAACUAUAGUCAAAAGAAGUCCUGAUAAUAAAGUAUUUUGGAACGAUUUAUAUGACAGCGACGAGUAUGGUGUGCGAAUGGACUAUUUAGAUGGUGCUAGAAAUAAACACUCGAUAAAUAAAAACGUCAUACAAAAAUCCAAAGACUGGCUCAAAAAAAAAUUAAAUAAUAUGAAUGGUAAGAUAAAAGAUAAAUUUAGAAAGGACAAAGGUGUACCUAAUAAGAUAAAAACAACGAAAUGUAAUGAAUGUACUCGUAAAACUACCAAAAAGCGUCCUGUGAGACAGUCUGAUAACAAUGAAGAUAACGAUAUAAAGAAAACAUUUGCAAUGCUCACUGCUAAUAUGAAGAAAGUGUGCCAAAAAGUUGCUAGAGAUCUAGAAAGUUCAAGACACAUUGGUGUUAGAGAAGAGGACAAAGAAGAUACGGCAGCAACAUCCUUAAUGCAGCAACUAGUUCGACUCAUGGCUGACUUAGUUGAUAUUCAAGUGCAACAGAAGACCUGCGCCAAAUUACCGUCAGAUCUCCACGACUUUUUGGAGUGGUUGACAGUUCCGACCGAUGACAACGUGGAAGUUGACAAUCUGGAUAUGAAGUCUGGAAUUCCUGAUUACGUAACACCUGAAGAUUACUUAAGUAGAUAUGGUAAAUCUACAAAUCCAACCUUGGAUCUUCCAACGUAUAAUGAAGACACCCACCAAGACGAUCGGACGGAGUGUUUGGGAAUUAUACGAUCUGUUCAAGAUUUAAUACAGCGGUAUGAAGAAAUGACGGAUGAGGAUAAAAGUAAAAUGACUGGUAUAAGAGAGUAUCUAGAAAACCAACUGGAAUUCUUAAAUAAAAAAUUAAGUGUUGUAAGUGGGAAUAAUGUGAGUAAUGCCACCGUUAUAAAAUCUAUUCAAAAUUUUUAUUUAAAUUUUAUACGCGACCACCAGUUU